GGACCACUGGAGAAACGCGGCGGGGAAGAUAGAACAAGCGACUCCGUAUAUACACACAUACGACCUGCUCCUUCCUCCCGCCGCCGCCACCCGCCGCCGACCUGGUCGCAAGCGACGCUCCGCUGAGCGCGUCCGUCCCUCUCGACGUUAUAGAAAACAAUAGCAAUAGCACAGCGACUACCACUUCUCAUCAAAACUCAAAAGCGCCGCGUGGCCGUCGUCGCACUAGCCCCCCAACCCCAAACAACCCUCUUCCCGAGUCAAACCCCACUCACGCGCGGACGCGUCUCGGCCCCCCACGCAAACGCAAUCCGGCCAUCGCCAUGGGCACGCCGCGGCGGCCGCGGCCCCAGCUGGCGCGCAUCAACGCCAUGAGGAACUCCUCCUACUCGGCGGAGGGCGAGGACGGCGACGACGACCUCGUGGCCUACGGCGAGCUCCAGCUCGGCGGCGCCUCCGGGGGCGGGGGCGGGCGCGGGUACCCGCCGCAGCCCAGCUUCCGCAUCCGCGGCGGCCACGGCGGCGCGGAGGAGGUCGCCGAGCUCCUGCGCAAGCUCGGGCUCUCCAGCACCGACGACUUCACCAUCCCGCCGGCCGUCUACGCCGCCGCCAUGUCCCACCUCCCCAACGCCGCCCGCCGCCGCGCGUCGCUGGAAAAGCAGGAGCAGACCCCUGCAGCACGACCCGAAGCUUCGUCCUCGUCGCCACCCGAGAACCCACAAGUUUCUGGACCCGGCGUUGUCGUGGUCGCCGCGAGGAUGGAGAGAGCUGGGGAGGGGGAUGAUGGCAAAUUAGUACAAUCGGAGACUAUGCAAGUUAACGCAAGAAAUCAUCAAGGACCUAGAGCUGAAUCAAGCCGCAAAUUGGUCGAGUUGGAGAUUGUAGAAACCUCUACACGAGCGAUCACUCGUGCGUCGAAGCCUGAGAAUGCAGUCCAAGACAAGGAGGAUGACAAAAUUGCCAAAGUAGAUGCGUUACGAGAGGAGAGGAGAAGGGGCGUCGUUGUGGAGGCCACAAGGGAGACUACCAGUGCUUUGCCUCUCGUUGUUGCAGCAGAGUCCACUUCACUUGACAUUGAGCGUCUGUUUUCGCCUUCGCCAAAUAGGCGGUUUAGGAGAACCAUCACGUCCUGGGUCAAGGGAGGGCAUAUCGGGAGCGGAUCAUUUGGGUCGGUCUAUGAGGCGAUGAGUGAUGAUGGGUUUUUCUUUGCUGUCAAGGAGGUGUCAUUAAUUGACCAAGGAAUCAAUGCAAAACAGCGCAUCAUACAGCUUGAGCAUGAGGUAUCCCUCUUGAGUCGUUUGGAGCAUGACAAUAUAGUUCAGUACUAUGGAACAGACAAGGAAGAUGGAAAAUUGUAUAUUUUUCUUGAACUUGUGAGUCAAGGCUCUUUGGCGGCUUUAUAUCAAAGAUACUGUUUACAAGAUUCACAAGUCUCAGCAUAUACAAGACAGAUUUUGAAUGGUUUGAACUAUCUACAUCAGCGGAAUGUGCUGCACAGAGAUAUCAAAUGUGCAAAUAUCCUAGUUGAUGCAAAUGGGUCGGUCAAAUUAGCUGAUUUUGGGCUUGCGAAGGAGAUGUCAAUUUUGAGCCAGGCAAGAUCUAGCAAGGGAACUGUGUUCUGGAUGGCCCCUGAGGUUGCUAAGGCUAAGCCACAUGGGCCUCCAGCAGAUAUCUGGAGUCUUGGCUGCACAGUUCUGGAGAUGCUGACCUGCAAAGUUCCAUACCCUGAUAUGGAAUGGACACAUGCUUUGCUCAAAAUCGGUAGGGGAAUACCACCAAAAAUUCCCGACAAAUUAUCAGAAGAUGCACGGGAUUUCAUAGCAAAGUGUGUCCAAGCAAAUCCAAAGGACCGGCCAUCUGCUGCUCAGCUGUUCGACCACCCUUUUGUGCAGAGACCACUGCAACAUUAAGGCGUCUGAUGUACAAUUGUGGUGCUAACAAAUUUGCUUAUACUGUUGUACAUAAGCUGAUUUUAAUUUGCCUAUGGAAAGCUGCGGAAUAUACUGAGGAAUGAGGGGGUCUGUAAACUGAUGGAAUUAUGAAAUCCAGUAUGGUCCAUCAAUACAACACGCUUGAAGGAAAACAAGGGAAGUCGUUCAAGGGAAGAUGAAGAACAUUUUACAUUGGUGUUAUACUUGGGCUUGCCUUGUUUCUCCCACCCUCUCUCUUUCUGCUGCAAGUGUUUACGUUCAUUAUUUGACAUCUUGACCAGACUAGAAGUUGUGGUCUGGUGUCAAACUGUGGAUUCGACGAUGUUGAUAGUGCAGGUAUUAAUGUGUGCGAGUGCCAAGUGCUCGCACAACAGUCAACAGUUCACUUUUCUGACCGUGUCGCUGCCCACGGCCACACCUUUACAGUUCCCUUUCUGUUUGCCGUUGUAAACUGGCUGUAUUGCCCAUGUUUGACGUGGAAAUAAAAUCCGUUUGCCUUAAAA